UUUUUUUUUACCCUCUUUAUAUAUUUAAUUGUAUAUGAAAUGAGUAUAGCAAUGGAGUCCAUUACCCAACACUUAUCGAAAACAAUUAUGACAACAACACAUAUACUGGUACAAGCAACUUCGACAAGCUUAUUGUUAGCGAAUCCGUCUAUUACAACUUCAAUACAAGGAAUAAUAUCUUCCUAUACAUUGCAAAAUCAAGCAUAUUCAGAUAGCACUAUAUCACCUGAUCUUCAACAAUCCUGGAAUGAGAUCGAUAAACCCAGUCCUAUUUCUUCUAAGCAAACCAUACUUUCCGAAAAUCAUUUAGACAUGACCACUACUACUAAGCUUGUCUCAAGUAGUAGCAGCUCAACUUUAGCAGCAACAUCUUCUAUUUGUAAAAUAUUCUAUACAGAUAAAGUAGACGCUUCUUCACAUAUAUGCAAUAAUAACAUAGAUAGUAAUCAGAGCUCUGAUUCAUCUACUAUUGAUAAUCAUUCUCUAUCUAAUGUACAAAUUACUGGCAUAGUAAUUGGUCUUAUAAUGAUAUUUUUUGUUAUCGUCGUAUUCUGCUGCCUAUUCCUAUGGUUAAGAAAGAAACAGUUGAAAGCAAAUCAAAGAGUUACUUCCUUUAUUUUUAAUGGCAAUUCUACUAAUAAUGCGAAUAUACAAACUAAUAUGACCAGCAGCUAUAAUACAGGUUAUGAUAGUCAUUAUCAAUCUAUUAGAAAUAGCGAAUUAAUAAAUACAAAUAAUAAUAUUGAGAAGGGUUGGAUUGAUACUAUUCCUAAAUUCAACCAUUAUGAUAAUAGUAACUACUCUUCAUCUCUCAGUGGCAUAUGUCCAACUACGAUAACUACACAUUCAGUAUCUUCAUGUCAUCACAUAAAGCAGGAUAACACUGAUAAUAGGAAUACUGGAAGAAAUAAAUUUUCCUCAUUAAAAGCGAAUACAAAUACGUCUUUAAGAGCUCUAGAUAAUAAUAAUACAACAACGGAAGCAUCAUCUAAAAAAUUCCAUUCAGAUAGAUAUUCUUCACCAAGUACAUAUAUUUCUCAAUUACCAAAACAAAUGAAGCAUGUUAGUAGUAGCACACAACACAGUCAUAAUAUAGUAUCAAUACACUACAAUAAAAAACCUUUUUCUACAAGCGAUAAUCAUAAUGAAUCUUUACCAAUACUAUAUCGAAAUCAAUAUCGACCUUUGCUACAUGAUUCAGUCUUAUUUCACAAUAAUAUGUAUCAUCAUAUUAAAGCCGAAAAUGCUUUCAAUAAGUAUUAAAAUGAUCAAGAUGAGAGUUUUAUUAUUAAUAAUAGACAUCAAAUACUACUAUAGAAUAUAAAUGUAUUUUUUUUUUUUUUUUUUUUUUU